GCGGAGGAGAACGUGCGCGCCGUAGUCACCCUCAACGAGGAGUACGAGACCCGCUUUCUCUGCUGCUCCGCCCAGGAAUGGGAGGCAAUGGGCGUGGAGCAACUGCGUCUCAGCACCGUGGAUCUAACUGGAGUCCCCACCUUGGAAAACCUCCACAAGGGUGUUGAAUUCAUUCUGAAACACCGAGCCUGCGGUCACAGUGUCUAUGUGCACUGCAAGGCAGGACGCUCUCGCAGUGCCACCAUGGUGGCAGCGUAUUUAAUUCAACUGCAUCACUGGAGCCCUCAGGAAGCAAUAGAGGCUAUUGCCAAGAUCCGUCCCCACAUCCUCAUUCGGCACAAGCAAGUCCAGGUCCUGGAGACAUUUCACGGGAAUGUGAUCGCUGGGACAACUGCAUAG